CAUCGAAAAUAUUCAGAGGGGCUCUCGAGGCGUCUCGACACCAAAUAGGGUGCCAGUCCAAGACAAAGUGGAUUUCGAGCAUGACUCCGGCCAUUAGUAUGAGGAAACAAACCCGAAAGAAAAGAAAUCAGUGUGACUGGAAUACAAGUUGCAACAGCAGCCUAAAAGAGAUUGCUGGAUUGUUACCCAUUGCUGAACCAGAAAAUGGUCGUGGACUGACUAAGAAACAGACUCUGGUCCAUAUGCUGCAGUAUUUUGAUUUCCUCCAGAGUCACAUUGGGAGACUGCUGAGCUGCCUCCCUCCUCACUGUCUCCUAGAGGUCACUGUGAGAGAGACUGAAUCUGAAAGUGAGGAUCCUCCCCCCUCUGACCCCAGUGCACCCUCACAUGAUCUCAAAGCCAAAAGCCAGUACGUCUGUGGUCGACCACGCAAGAGGAGCAGCCAAGCCAAGAGCAAGUAUGUCUGUGGUCGACCACGCAAGAGGAGCAGCCACGGCACAGGAACCGCUGAGAACCGGGUUUCCCUGUCUCAAGAACUGGGAGGCCUCUGCUGUGUUUCUGCGGAGCAAACAGGAAGUGAAGAUGAAAGCCCAGGCAGUGAGGUCCUGGACACACCACCAGCAGGGAGGACUGGGGUUCUUCUCCUGGAGGAUUGUAUGCUUGGAAAAGUUUACUGGUCCAGCUGCCCCGACUCAACACCAGAGCAGAUGCCCUCUCUGGCCUUACCGCUGUUAUUGGAAGCAAGACAGGAUUUGAACCUCAGCCCCUCCCUCCUCACGUCUCCUGCCCGAGGUCUCAGCCACGCCCUCUUUCCUGAGGGACAGGAGGAGCUACAGACCUUGUUUGAAGAAGUGUGGGUCAACCCUAAAACAACAGGCUCUAAAGGGAGCAGUGUGUCCGUUAACCAUCCGGAUGACUCUCUGUCUGACUCCCAGGCUGUGUUUGGGAGGAGCAGCUCCGGUUAUUUGUCCUCCCAGAGUGAGGGGGAAGGUUCCAGGUUGGAAGAAGUUACCUGGAUACCUAAAAAACAAGAUGCCCCUUAUAAAAUAAGCAGCCACUUGUGUGUGCACAGGGGAAGCCGUCCCCACUCUCAUCCAGGCCAGAAGAAAAAAUGCAUUAAUGGCUUCAUCAUGUUCUGUCGCAUGAACAGGAGGUCGUACCUCAGUGCACACCCUGGCACCCCUUCUACCGUGGUAACCAAGGAGCUGGCCCGAAUCUGGCACGUCAUGUCCAAACAAGAGAGACGUGUGUACUGUUUGAAGGCGCUCCACUUCAGUUGCCAGCAGAACCGUAAUGUCCGGCGGGCGAGUCUGGAGACUAAGGGGGACAUAGAGGACUGAGCCAGGCCAUCACACAUGCAGCUGUCCAGUGGAGAUGUCACAGUGUAUGCUCCCACUUCAAAAUAUAACAUCCAGACUCAGCCAUGGGAGUGUUCAUUGGCCACAUCAUCACCAUCGUCUGAGUCACUCCAGGGCAGUUACUUCAGAAUGUUAACAUGCAUUGUUAAUCUCAGGAAUCUCAAAAUGAUCACAAACAGAUUUUAAUUGAUGUCUUAAAUAAAUUAUUCAUUCACUUAAUAUAUUUAACUAUAUUGUGGACAUUUACAUUUAAGACCAAAUGUAAAUGGACUAAAGUUAUCCUGGCGUUCUUUGUUUGUUUUUAAAUAAGAUUUUAGAUAUCAUUUGUCAGAUUUGGACUUUUUUUCUCCUUAAGGUGAUAUCUGCUUUAGGUGAUCACCUUUUGCUUCAAAACAGAAUAGUGUGAAGAAGUCUUGAUACUGUUCCUCCACUUUUAGAUGAGUCAGCCAUUCUUUUAUACAGAUAACCAAGACACAGUAGUGUUACUCAGGGUACUACCUCUAUCCCUGUAGCAUUGUGUUCACAUCACACUGUGUGGGUGGUUACACAUUCAUAUGGCACACACCCCUACUUUAUUAUUUAUUUAUGAACAGUUUUUAAUCAGGUGUUAAUAGAGAUACUGUAUGUUGCUAAUGGUACAAUGAAGAAGAGCAGUGACUCUUAACUUCCACAGAGCUGAUGUCCAUGUGAGCUUUAGGAUAAGGGUAAUUUACGCUAUAUAAACUCUUCAGAUGUACGCUGUGUUCAUGUGUUUCCUGAUUAAAGUUUGUAAAAACCCCCUGGAUUUGGGAGUCACUCAUAACGUCA